UGGAGAGGCCAAACGGAAUGACACAUGGGCUGUUUCCUCUUCCAGUGGUAAAUGGUCAAGAACCAGAGAAGAGGCAUCCGAACAAGAGCGGCUUUCUCCUGGUUUCUCCCCAGCCCUUCCAGCUGUUCUGCUUCACCCAACUUUGGACUGCGGCUUGGAAAGCAAGACUGUACAAAAAAGGGGGGAGGGCACUUUUCUGAAUGCAUAAAGGAUGAAUUCCUAUAACAGUUCAACAUCUGCUCCGCCUGCAAAUAUUGGAAGCUUUCCAACAGCAGAAGAUGUUGGAGUCAUUGGAGGUGUUAUUGCAGCAGUGGUUAUUGUUUUGAUUUUCCUCUUGGUGGUGAUGCUGAGAUAUAUGUACCGGCACAAGGGCACCUACCACACCAAUGAAGCAAAGGGAACUGAGUUUGCUGAAAGCGCGGAUGCUGCUUUGAAAAAUGACCCUACCCUUCAAGAUGCCAUGGAUGAGAGCCGGAAAGAAUACUUCAUCUGAGAGCAAAGGCAGCCCCAUAGAGACAUACUUUGUCAUUCUUUCCCUCCCAAGGGAAUCGAUCGGAUGUUACAUCAAAAAGCACUGGGGAUGUAGAGAUUUCACAGAAGAGAACAAGAGGACUAAUUGAAAUAUUGAUGUUUGUCCUUAAGAGGAACUAAACACCAGAUCUGUUGCGAUUUAUUUGAUUAGCAGCACAGCUCAGUUCAAUAUCAGAUCAGGAAAAACAAAAAUCUUAGGAUGAAUGAGUGAAUAACUGAUAGCAGAUAAUAGCGUCAAAUGUCAAACCUUGACAUUUAGCAAAAAUAGCAGGUACCGAUGGAAAGCUUCAUCGUAGACUCCUUGAGACGUCCUGCGCCAUAUCUGAAAAUGAAUGUUAAGUGGCAACAAACAAAGUGGUGAGGUGCAUAAAGCAGGAAGGAUCCUGACUCCAAGACUAUUUUAUGCAGUAUAGACACUUUGUUUUUCUUAACAUAUAUAAAAUUGUUACGUUUGAAUAUAUAUGAUUUGGAGGGGUAGCUGUUUUGGUUUGGGGUUUUUUGCUUGGAUAAUGUCCUGACAUUUAAAGCAAGAAGAAAAACCAAUUACAGUAGAGUCUCACUUAUCCAACAUAAACUGGCCGGCAGAGCGUUGGAUAAGCAAAAAUGUUGGAUAAUGAGGGAUUAAGGAAAAGCCUAUUUAACGUCAAAUUGCGUUACAAUUUUACAAAUUUAGCACCAAAACAUCAUGUUUUACAACAAAUAGACAGAAAAAAGCAGUACAAUACACGGUAACGCUAUGUAGUAAUUACUGUAUUUACGAAUUUAGCACCAAAACAUUGCAAUGUAUUGUGAAGAAUGUCUACAAAACAUUGGCUACUUACAAAUUGAUUACAAAUAAAGAUAGAAUUGCAUAAAAUGAACGUACAGUAACGACAUUGUCGGAAGUUAAAUCCAUAAAAAAUCCAGUCCUUGCUGCCUAGAGAAACAGUUGUGGAUCCAGGCGGGAGGCAAGCUGUGUUGGAUAAUCCAGAACGUUGGAUAAGUGAAGGCUGAAUAAGCGAGACUCUGCUGUAUUAGAAUUUCACAAGAAAACACUGUAAAAAUGCUGAAGAAUUUUUUUAAGUGAAAGAUUUUAUAGCUGGAUAUUUCACAUGAUAUUGUAAGACUCCUUCUAUGCAGAGAAGCUAAAUUGGUUUCUUUAGGGCAUGUAUUGUUUCACUGUUUUUAGUUCCUUAAACAUAUGCACCUCUUCCCACUACUCUUCCUAAAUUUUACAGCUUCCUACCUUUUCAUGCUACAGAAGUUUAUCAGCAUAAUCACAAAUUAUAAUGGCUGCUUAUGUUUGCAGAAGCAGUUGUGCCACUGUAGAUAUCUAUCGAUAACCUGUAGAAAGAUGGAACUCUACAAACCAAAGACAAAGCACAUAGUUUGUGCUAAUCGUAGGAGCCCUCUCUGUUCCUUCUACUUUGGCCUGAAGGUGGGUAUGUUUUAGGCACAGUGCUGACUCUGUCUUAAAGCCAGAACAGACUAAACCAAUGAAUGAUUUAUAUAUUUUUAUAGACUGGUUCCCGGUUAGUCUGGCCCAAGACAUCUUGUUGCCUAAAACAUGUGACAGAAUCCCUCCUCUCUAUCGCAAUACAGCUAUACUGACAGCUGAAUCUCAAUUUAUUUGGCAACAAGACAAUGAUGUCCAUUGGACUAGAAUGUGGUAGGCUAAAGGGUUCAGAUUAGGACAUGUGCCAAGCACACAUCUGUUUAACAAAACCUUGCUUCUGAUGCUCACACCAGCAAAUACUGACUGAGGUACCCACACUACCCUGUAUAAUAUCAUGUAUAAUAUCUCCAUGUUUGUGAAGAAGUACUAGUAAUUUGUCCCAGAGCUUAGUUAUGCCCCUUAUUUUUGGGGGUGUCAACUUUACUAUGUUUGGUGAAUGCAGCUAUUCCAUGAUCUUGCUAAAAUUGAAGGCAAUUUAGGGUUGAGGGCCAUACACUUGCUUUGGCCCCAAUACAUUUCAACUCACAAUUUGAACAGUGAUUAAUUUAGGCUAGAUCUACACUGCAAAGUAGUGCAGUUUAGUGCAUUAUCUGACUGUGUAGCUGCAGCCUAAGUCUCUUUCCUCAUCCUCAGUUUCCCAUACUGUAUAUGCUUUCCCAUGCUUUUAAUGUAUUUGUCAUGAUCUUCAGUUGUCACAAUAAACUCAUUUAACUGAAA